CCAUCUACAGCAACUGAAAUAAAAUCUCCUGGUAGUACAACUACUGGCACAACUCCUACUUCAACAUUUACAACCACAUCCAUUACUCCUCCGACACUAUCUACAACAUCAGAAAUAUCAUCUACAACUAGUAUAUCUUCUGGCACAACACCUACGACAACUACUAUGACACCAUCUACAGCAACUGAAAUAAAAUCUCCAGGUAGUACAACUUCUGGCACAACUCCUACUUCAACAAUUACAACCACAUCCAUUACUACAACUCCUCCGACGCCAUUGACAACAACAACAAAAAUAACAUCUACAAUAACAUCUUCUACCACAACACCUACCUCAACAGCCACUCCCAAUACUACAACUACUAUGACACCAUCUACAGCAACUAAAGUAAAAUCUACAACUAGUAAAACUCCUCACAGAACACCUGCUUUACCAGUAGUUACAACCCCACCAUCAUGUUAUGACUGUACAAUCAUACAUGGAAGCGCCACGCCUGUUCGUCGGAAUUGUCUUCCACCGCAAAACAUCACUUGUCAAAAUCACCAACCAAGUGUGCUGUUUGAGGAUGAUCACAAUUGUUGUCCUUAUUACGUCUGUGAUUGCUUUUGUCAAGGCUGGGGUGACUCCCAUUACAUUACAUUUGAUGGACUCUAUUACACUUACCAAGGAAACUGCACUUAUAUUUUAAUGAAGGAAAUUAGCCCUCAAUUCAACUUAACAAUCUACAUUGAGAAAGUCUACUGUGACCCUGCUGAGAACGUAUCCUGUCCCAGAUCUCUUAUUGUGUCUUACAACGAACAAAACAUUACACUUAGGAAUCAGAGGCUAAUUGGAGGAGCAAAUCUAGAGGCUCUGGAGGGAAAUGAUAUGCUAACACUGCCAUAUGUUAAUAAUGGUGUGAGGGUUAUUAGCUCAGACCUGAACUUAUUACUGGAAAUUCCAAAGCUCAAUGCCUAUGUACUAUUUGGAGUCUCUGGCUUCAGCAUCAAUCUGCCAUUCCAGUAUUUUGGAAAAAACACAGAAGGCCAAUGUGGAACAUGCAACAACAACCAGACUGAUGAUUGCCCUGGAUCCUUGGCAAACGACUGUAAAGCAAUGGCAGAGAACUGGAAUAAUACAGUUUGCACUCCACCAGCUCUAUUACCUACAGCUACACCUACAUCUACACUUACAGGUGCACCUACAGCUAUGCCUUCAGCUGCACCUACAGCUACACCUACAGCUGGACCUUCAGCUACAUCUACAGCUACGCCUACAGCUGCACCUACACAUACAGCUGGACCUUCAGCUACAUCUACAGCUAUGCCUACAGCUGCACCUACAGCUACACAUACAGCUGGACCUUCAGCUACACCUAAGUCACCCCACCCUGACUGCUAUCUACUUAACACCACGUUUGAAGCGUGCCAUUCCCACGUGCCUCCUGAAAACUUCUUUUUAGCCUGCCAGUAUGAUAGCAGUAAUAACCCUGCUGGAGUGUGUGCCACUCUGCAGAGCUACGCCAGCGUUUGUGCUAUGUUUGGGGUCUGCAUAUACUGGAGGAACUACACAAGCCAAUGCAAUAUUGGAUGUUCAGAAGAUAAAGUGUUCUUGCCUUGUGGUUCAUUUGAUCCACCAACAUGUAGAGACAAACAAAUGGAGAGCAACAUUACAGUGUCCACAGAAGGCUGCUUCUGUAGUCAGAACACAACACUCUUCACCAAGGAUUCUGGAGUCUGUGUGCCACAACCCUGUGGAUGCUUGGACCAAUCUGGGAAACCAAUUGAGUUUAAUGAGAAUUAUACGCACAACUGUGAGGACUGUGUCUGUGAUAAGGCCAGGAUGUCAGUCAUCUGUAAACCCAUGAAGUGUCCCAAUGUGCCUCCUGUGAACUGCACUGAGCCCUUCAUGCUGGUCAAUGUCACCGAUCCAUCAGAGCCAUGCUGCAGAAGACAAGUUUGCAAGCCAAAAGAACUGUGUGCCUUCAACAACACAGAGUGUAAGCCUGGGACUAAAAUCCACGUAGAGCCUUGUGUUGAAUGUAACUGUGCAUGGGACCCAUGGACUGAACUAUAUCAAAUGAAUUGUUAUCCUGAAAUGUGCCCUGAUGACGAGUGCCUUGAGGGGUUUGAAUAUGUGAAACAAGAUGGAGAGUGCUGUGGAACAUGUAAACUAAUAAGCUGCAUUUAUUAUAGAGAGGACAACACUAAACACAUUCUUUAUGAUGGAGAUGUCAAGAAUUUUACAUGUGAAACUGUUUCCUGUCAUGAAAUAAAUGGCUCAUUUUUGAUUGAGAAAAGCAAAACAGUGUGUCCGUACUCGAGUACGCACGUCUGUGAGUAUGGGUUUAAAUAUGUGACGAAAGACGGCGGGUGCUGUGGAACAUGUGAACCAGUGGCCUGUAUUUAUCAUUCACCAGACAACACCAUACAUAUUCUCAAGGAUGAAGAAAAAUUCGAAUAUGAAUGUCAAACUGUUACCUGCAAUCAGGUUAAUGGCUCGUUUGAGUUGAACAUAACCAGCACGGAAUGUAUUCAGAGUUCAGAAGCCUGUGUGUCUGGUUUUCAAUAUGUGAAAAAAGAUGGCGAGUGCUGUGGGUCGUGCGUACAAGUGGCCUGUAUUUAUGAUGCACCAGACAAAACCACACAUGUUCUCCAGGAAGGACUGAGGUAUAAUUUCACGUGCAUGAAUGUCACUUGUCUGAAAAGGAAUGACGUGUUCACGAUAAAGGAGAGUUAUAAAAAAUGUCCUUCCUUUAAUCAAGAUAACUGUGUGGAAGGAACAAAGCGAUUUGAUGAGGACGGAUGUUGCCCGAUAUGUGAAACUCGUAACUGCGCUCCUGUGAAGAACGUCACUCGUCUGAAAGUCAAUAAUUGCUCUUCAACUGAAGAUGUCGAAAUCACAUCCUGCGCUGGUCACUGCGACUCCAAAUCAAUGUAUUCAAUGUGGACCAAUAGAAACAUGACGAACAGCUGUUCUUGCUGCCAAGCGGAGAAAACCAGCAUUCGAGAGGUGACACUGAUGUGUGAAGGUGACCUGCAGAUCUCUCAGAUCUACACAUACAUAGAGACGUGCACAUGCACUCCUGUCAUGUGUGAAGACUAUAAUAACCUCAGACAAGGAGAUUAUGAUUGACACGAUCCUGAUCUGAACAUGAUGCAAUCUGAUGGAACAAAAAAGCACAAAUUUUAAACUCUACACCUAAAAAUGUCAAUGAUUGCUGUGUUAACGUGCAUUAAUGGCUAUUUUGCCAAAUUUUGCACCAUUAUUUUUUUCUUUGUGAUUUGUGGGGCAUUCUCUUUAAUGCAUAUAAUACUGUAUUUCCUGCCUUCCAAUGAAAUGAAUUAAAAUCGAAAUAAAGCAUAAUAAAGAGCAUCA